AUGAAUAUGCAAAUAAGAAGAUAUUUAAAGACGCCGCCACCACGCGCAACUCCCAGCCUGACGCCGCCCGCCCAGUGUAUCUCCCUAGCCCGAGGCCCGGCCCCUUUCGCCCUUGCCCCUCACUCCGUGCCAGAGCGCCACCAGCAUGUCGGAUAAACUGCCAUACAAAGUCGCUGACAUCAGCCUGGCCUCCUGGGGACGCAAGGCCCUGGACAUCGCAGAGAAUGAGAUGCCAGGCCUGAUGCGCAUGCGGGAGAUGUACUCAGCCUCCAAGCCACUGAAGGGCGCCCGCAUCGCCGGAUGUCUGCACAUGACUGUGGAGACAGCUGUCCUCAUUGAGACCCUUGUCGCCCUGGGUGCUGAGGUGCAGUGGUCCAGCUGCAACAUCUUCUCAACCCAAGACCAUGCAGCGGCUGCCAUCGCCAAAGCUGGCAUUCCAGUGUAUGCCUGGAAGGGCGAAACAGAUGAGGAAUACCUGUGGUGCAUCGAGCAAACCCUGUACUUCAAGGACGGGCCCCUCAACAUGAUUCUGGAUGAUGGCGGUGACCUCACCAACCUUAUUCACACCAAGUACCCUCAGCUCCUGUCGGGCAUCCGAGGCAUUUCUGAGGAGACCACGACUGGGGUCCACAACCUAUACAAGAUGAUGGCCAAUGGGAUCCUGAAGGUGCCUGCCAUCAACGUCAAUGACUCUGUCACCAAGAGCAAAUUUGACAACCUCUAUGGCUGCCGGGAGUCCCUCAUAGAUGGCAUUAAGCGGGCCACAGACGUGAUGAUUGCGGGCAAGGUGGCAGUGGUAGCAGGCUACGGUGACGUGGGCAAGGGCUGUGCCCAGGCCCUGAGAGGUUUCGGGGCUCGCGUCAUCAUCACCGAGAUUGACCCCAUCAAUGCGCUACAGGCCGCCAUGGAGGGCUAUGAGGUGACCACCAUGGAUGAGGCCUGUCAGGAGGGCAACAUCUUUGUCACCACCACAGGCUGUGUAGAUAUCAUCCUUGGCCGGCACUUUGAGCAGAUGAAGGAUGAUGCCAUCGUGUGUAACAUCGGACACUUUGACGUGGAGAUUGAUGUCAAGUGGCUCAAUGAGAAUGCUGUGGAGAAGGUGAACAUAAAGCCCCAGGUGGACCGCUACCGGCUGAAGAACGGGCACCGAAUCAUCCUGCUGGCUGAAGGCCGACUGGUCAACUUAGGCUGCGCCAUGGGCCACCCCAGCUUUGUGAUGAGCAACUCCUUCACUAACCAGGUGCUGGCGCAGAUUGAACUGUGGACCCACCCAGAUAAGUACUCUGUUGGGGUCCACUUCCUGCCUAAGAAGCUGGAUGAGGCGGUGGCUGAAGCCCACCUGGGCAAGCUGAAUGUGAAGCUGACCAAGCUGACUGGGAAGCAGGCCCAGUACCUGGGCAUUCCUUCCGAUGGCCCCUUCAAGCCUGAUCACUAUCGUUACUGAAAGCCAGGCCUGCCUUCACCUUCCAAACUGUACCCCUGCCCAGGCCCUGGUGCUCCUCCCCAAGAACAAACGGCACUAACUUUGAGAUUGGUUUGUCAUUGUCGGGUCCCCUCACGUCCCCCAGUUGACUCCCUGGGGCUGGUCACUCAGACUUUGGUCCCUGCUGCAUCCCUCAUACUGUUACAGGGGUGGCACAGGGCAUUGGGAAACCCCUCCCAAAGUCCUGGUCAUCUUGGAGGUACAAGGAAGGUGCCCACAGGGAACCACGGGCUUGGGGGUCUUGGAAGUGCUCGCGCAGUCAGUC